AGUACCCUUUCUAUCUUCUACUUUUUUCUCCCUAUGUGCCUUUCAAUUCCUCAGCGAAAGACAAUCUCAGUUACCACUAUUAAAACACUCUAACAAUCAAUGGCUUCUUCAACAGGUAUUUGGGCUAAACCCCACAUGAUUUCUCACCCUCUUUCAUCUUCUUCUUCAAUGGUAGAUUUGGGUUUUUCUCCAACAUCCAUUUCAUUGAAGAAAUGUCAGUCUAAAAAGACUUGUCUUAGAAAAAACAAAGAUACCAACAUUAUUCACUCUGCUUUGAACUCUCCUUCGGUUAUCCAUUUCCCUAACCAACCCUACCAAAAUUCUAGUGAUGAUGUAAAAACCAAAACCCGGCAACAUCGGCAACAGCCUAAGUGGAACCUCCUACAAAGAGCUGCAGCCAUGGCGCUUGACAUGGCAGAAAACUCAUUGCUUUCACGCGAACUUCAACACCCACUUCCUAAAACAGCUGACCCACGUGUGCAAAUUGCUGGGAAUUUUGCUCCUGUCCCUGAACAGCCUGUUAAGCAUUCUCUUCCCGUUACCGGAGCUAUCCCUUCUUGUAUCAACGGUGUUUAUCUCCGGAACGGUGCUAACCCUUUAUUCGAACCAGUUGCAGGGCACCACUUCUUUGAUGGUGACGGCAUGGUUCAUGCUGUUUCUAUUGAUAAUGGCGACGCUAGUUACGCCUGUCGUUUCACCGAAACGCAAAGGCUUUUACAAGAGAAGGAAUUGGGCCGCCCUGUUUUCCCUAAAGCUAUCGGCGAACUCCAUGGUCAUUCAGGGAUUGCUAGGCUUUUGCUUUUCUACGCGAGGGGACUUUGCGGCCUCGUUGAUCACAAGCAAGGCACCGGCGUAGCCAAUGCCGGUUUGGUCUAUUUCAACGACCGGCUAUUAGCUAUGUCCGAAGAUGACAUCCCUUACCACGUACGGAUCACACCCUCAGGUGAUUUAGAAACAGUUGGAAGAUACGAUUUCGAUGAUCAACUUAAAUCAACAAUGAUUGCUCAUCCCAAAAUCGACCCUGUUUCAAAAGAACUCUUUGCUUUGAGUUACGAUGUUGUCCAAAAGCCUUACUUGAAGUAUUUCAAGUUCUCACCGGACGGUAAAAAAUCACCCGACGUCGAAAUUCCCUUGCCCGUACCGACCAUGAUGCAUGACUUUGCUAUCACCGAGAAUUUCGUGGUGAUCCCUGAUCAGCAAGUUGUUUUCAAGCUACAAGAAAUGAUCACCGGCGGAUCUCCAGUAAUUUAUGACAAGAACAAGAAGUCCCGGUUUGGGAUUCUUUCGAAAAAUGCGAGUGAUUCCAAGGAUAUCAUAUGGGUUGAAUCGCCGGAAACUUUCUGUUUUCAUCUCUGGAACGCUUGGGAAGAGCCGGAAUCCGACGAAGUUGUGGUGAUCGGUUCUUGCAUGACGCCACCCGAUUCCAUCUUCAAUGAAUGUGACGAGAGCUUAAAGAGUGUACUGUCCGAAAUCAGGCUGAAUUUAAAAACCGGUGAGUCUACUCGUCGCCCCAUAAUCUCGGAAUCAGAGCAAGUAAACUUAGAAGCCGGGAUGGUGAACCGGAACCACCUUGGGCAAAAGACACGGUACGCUUACCUUGCAAUUGCUGAACCGUGGCCAAAAGUGUCGGGGUUUGCCAAAGUUGAUCUUUUCACCGGUGAGGUUAAAAAACACAUUUACGGCGAUAAAAGAUACGGUGGCGAACCAUUCUUCUUGCCACGAAACGACGAUCCCGAAUCCGCUGAAGACGACGGCUAUAUUCUUUGCUUCGUUCACGACGAGAAGACAUGGAAAUCAGAGCUUCAAAUCGUGAAUGCCAUGAAUUUACAACUCGAAGCUUCAAUCAAAUUACCGUCCAGGGUGCCAUACGGCUUUCAUGGAACGUUUAUCGACGCUAAGUCCUUAGUAAAUCAAGCUUAAUUAGACGUAAAUUAGGUUUUUAAAAAAAAGAUUUACCGUACAGAAUUUUUUCUUUUUCACAAGGAACCAGCUUGUAGCUUUUAUUUUAGCAUUGUAGGUAUAGAAUUUUAGCUCAGCUGGAUUCUUCUUCGUCUUCUUACUUUGAUUUCAUUUUUUAACAGUUUAUAUUCCUUGUAGAUAAUAAAUAUAUUUUAUUUUCCUUCA